AUGUCUCGAGCUGAAGAACUUUGGGAGAAGUUGGUUCAUGCUGCUUUGAGAAGGGAAAUAACAGAUGAUGAAAUUGCUGAAAACGUGUCAUCUAAAAGUAGAGAAAUUGAUGAAAUUUUAAGAGUUGCAGAUGAAGUUCAAGACAAAGAUCCCACGAUUUCUCGAAUAUUAUGCGAGCAUGCAUAUUCAUUAUCUCAUAAAUUGGACCGCAAUAAAGAUGGUGUUUUACAAUUCAAGACUGCUAUAAUGUCUGUCAUGAAGCAAAGGGCGGCUAAAAGAGAAAUAGGGAGUAUAGAUAGAAAGCAAGAAUUUGGUCUAUUACAAGAGUUCUACGAGAGUUACAGAAAGAAGAAUAAUACGGAUGAAUUAUGUGAAGAAGAAAUGCAGAAUCUUGAGUUGGAUUGUAAAGCUGUUAAGAGGGAAGUUGAUUUUGCUGUCUUAAAGGUUUUAGAAACUGUACUUGAGCAAUUGAGUGAAGAAAUUUCUAAAAAGGACGCGAUUCAACCGCGAUCUGCGGUGGCGAUAGUCACCUACCCCUGCCAAAGGCGACGCACGAUUGAAUUGCGUCGCAGUAGAGUAGAGCUUCAGUCGGAACCGCAACGCGUUGAAUCUGUAUAA